CAGACUGUACACGUCAGAGCAGAAGUAACUACACGGGUUCACACAAACAGGAACAGUUUGAACGCACGUUGGCUCGCGUUAAUGUCUCUCUAGGGCUCUGAGAUGGCUCCCGUAAACAAAUGAUGGUUACAUAGUGUUUAAUGCUACCAGCUUUAGUUUUCGGGGACUAUGUAAACUGUGAGUGUUUAGCUGUCCCUCGUCAGAUCCGGGUUUUUCAGGAUGGCGUGCCCGACGCAAUUCAUCUGCAAGGCGCUGCGCUCUGUGGGCCUGGUACUUUUCUACUAUGUGUUUUCCAUCGGCAUAACAUUCUACAACAAGUGGCUCAUGAAGGACUUCCACUUUCCUCUGUUCAUGACGCUGGUUCAUCUCGUAAUAAUUUUCUGUUUCUCCACACUGACGCGCUUUGCCAUGCAAUGCUGGAUUGGAAAACCUCGAGUGACCCUUCCUUGGAAGGUUUAUCUUUCUAAAGUUGCCCCAACAGCCCUGGCUACAGCGCUGGAUAUCGGACUGUCCAACUGGAGCUUCCUUUUCAUCACUAUUAGUUUGUACACCAUGACCAAGUCUUCAGCCAUUCUCUUCAUUCUCUUUUUCUCCCUGGUCUUCAAGCUGGAGGAGCCGAACCCAUUCCUCAUCCUCGUGGUGUUGCUGAUAGCCAGUGGUCUGUUCAUGUUCACUCUCAAGUCCACUCAGUUUAAUCUGGAGGGUUUCAUCAUGGUCCUGUUGGCCUCUUUUAUUGGAGGGAUCCGCUGGACUCUCACUCAAGUGCUCAUGCAGAAAGCAGAGCUUGGCCUUCAGAACCCCAUAGACACUAUGUAUCAUCUGCAGCCUCUCAUGUUCAUGGGCCUCUUUCCUCUGUUUCUUCUGAAUGAAGGGCUGAGUGUGAGUACCACGGAGAAGCUCUUCAGGGUCAGUGAGCUCUCUCACCUGAUCUACUCUCUGCUGACUCUGUGUCUGGGUGGCAUGCUGGCAUUUGGGCUGGGCUUCUCAGAGUUCCUGCUGGUGUCCCGCACAUCUAGUCUUACACUAUCUAUUGCAGGCAUUUUUAAGGAGGUGUGCACUCUGCUGCUGGCAGUGGAGUUCAUGGGAGAUAAAAUAAGCACAGUCAAUUGGUUGGGCUUUGCUGUAUGUCUGUCUGGCAUAUCACUGCAUAUUGGCCUCAAAACAUACUACAACAAAGGAAAUGGCCCCAUGGUAAGACAACUACCAGUCAGAGACAACCCAGACCUUGAGCUUCCACUUCUACAGACAAAAGAUGACUAUUGUGAAGACACCAAUGAUGAAGAGGAGCAUGAGAUUCUUUAUUAGUUCAAGGAUGACAUGAAUGUCAUAAAUAGGCAUGUGGAAUGUGCCCUUUAAAGGCUCAUAUCAAUGGUCACCUUGACCACAGGAACUCAAGGUACUGGCAUGAUUUGAGCGACCUUGUAAAGACACUGACAGCUAAUGUACUGGGCUACAUCUUUAAUGCUGGGCUCUCUAUGAUAUUGAGAGAAAAAUGAAAUCCUUUGCUCUCGGGAAGACAGAGCUCUAAAAGCAACUGGGUUAGUUUACCCAAACAUUUAUCUUCAGUCAUCGUUUACUCACUGUCACACCGUUCCGGUCCAGGAACACAAAAGGAAUGUUUUCCAUAAAAUGAAAGUGGACUGAGACCAAGGGCUGUCAAGCUCCAAAUGUAAAAAAAAAAAAAAAAAGAUAAAUAAUGGUAUUUCGUUUUGUCUUUGGAGAAAGAGUCAGAUGUGUUUUGAUUUUCAGAAUUACAAUUUUUAGGUGAAAUGUACCUUCAAAACCACUGCUGGCAUCGAUCUCUCACAGGACCAGUCCUAAAGUGGCCUUACAUAUUUGUUUACAUGACAAUAAAGGGCUUAUUUUACUAAAUAUAAAUUCUAGUUUACAAAAACUACUUGACUAAUUCAGACAUAGAAUGUGAGUGGAUUACCUUCUAUUUUUUUAAUAAAAUAAAUGAACUUGGUUUUCUUCUAC